GAGGAGGAGUUUACGGUAGUUUCUGAACUACAUCUCUAAACGGGUGAACGGUGUUUCAGAAGUCGUGCUGUAAGUCAUGCGAAAUCUCCUGGCUUCAGUGAAAUAACCGCAAGUUUAACAAGAGACAAACAGGGCUGGAGACUCUCCAUUCAACAGCCUACGGUGUGUUUUGAGUCUAAAUGGCUGGCAGAGGUACAAACGGUCGUCAUGGGUUGCGGGGCCGCGCAGGGACAAGCGCAGCUCUUGCCCGGCUUCUCCACAAGGAAUGCAUCCAACUCCUCAAGUCAUACAGAAACAGUGAAUCACUGCCGUCUUCACCAGUGGAAGGAGGUCACCUAAUAUCCAUCCCUCCGCUGGUUCCUCAGCUGUCAGAUGAAGAAAAAAUAUCCAUCCUGCACGCCGCGCUCAAGGAGUGUCUGCGACUACUGGAAGAUGUCAUUACCCGGGAGGAUGAAGAGUUUCCUGAUGAAGACAGUGAAUAUAAGAGGUUACGGAAAACUGUGAGGGAUCGACUGAGGCACCUGUUGGCAAGCACAGAGCAGAUGAUGGUGGACGGACAGAAAUUCGAAGCUGAAGUAAAAGAGGAGCUGGACGGUCGGGCGACUGGUGGGAGUUUUGGACUGAAGAUGUGGAUCGUGCGGGUGUUCCAGGAGCUUGUUCACUGGACAGGGCAAACUUCAGACGCCCUCAGCUCUCUGCCAGCAGAGAAGGAGAAAGCACCAGUGUCCCGACGGACAAGAAGAGGUGCUGGGAAACUAAGGAAGUGAUACAAGAUAUAAGAGAAGCUAAAAAGAGUGUGAAAGGGGGGAGCGGAAGAGGACAGUAUGAUAAGAAUGAAUACAAGGAAUUUCAUUGCAGCAUGGAGAAUGUAGAGAGGGUCUGGAUGCAGUUACUAGCAUUCCAGCAUGCGGAAAAGUAGGAGGGGAGGGUUUGAACAAGAUAUUAUCUAAUCAAAGUUAUUUUAAUAUAUUUUCUCAGUCUUUUAAAGUAAGAUUUUAAACUGUAGCAAUAAAUGUAAAUGCCUUUAGAGAUUAAUUCUUACUUAUUUACCACGUACUGUACGGUUUUAAUACCUUUUAAGAUUGUUGACCUUUAGAUUGUAGAUCCAUAACUGACACUAUGGAAAGAGUGACUGUGG